AAUGCCCGUUUUAGCAGAUCUAGCAAGGAAGAAAGCCAAGAGAACCGAGUUUUUGCCGGGGGAGGGAAGAAGGCGACGCACCGGAAGUGGGACCUUGGGAGGCCGGCGGGUGUGAGGGAGACGUGUCUGUCUGCGAGGCCGUGGGGCCGCUUCCUUAGCUGUUGGGGCUUGGAAGGCCGGGGCCGAGACCUCCUGUGUCCUCUCCUGGGCCCAGCCGAGCAGCGUGGGGCGGCGGCGGCGGCGGCCUGGGCUGGGAGCGGUGGCCUGCGGGGUCCCAGCCAUGGCUGAGUCUGUGGGGCGGCUGCAGCAGCGGGUGCAGGAGCUGGAGAGGGAACUCGCCCAGGAGAGGAGUCGGCGGGUCCCGGGAGACGGCGACGUAGGGGGUGGCCGGGUCCGCAUCGAGAAGAUGAGCGCCGAGGUGGUGGAUUCCAAUCCCUACAGCCGCCUGAUGGCAUUGAAACGAAUGGGAAUUGUAAGCGACUAUGAGAAAAUCCGUACCUUUGCUGUAGCAGUAGUAGGUGUUGGUGGAGUUGGUAGUGUGACUGCUGAAAUGCUGACAAGAUGUGGCAUUGGUAAGUUGCUGCUCUUUGACUAUGACAAGGUGGAACUGGCCAAUAUGAAUAGACUUUUCUUCCAACCUCAUCAAGCAGGAUUGAGUAAAGUGCAAGCAGCAGAACAUACUCUGAGGAACAUUAAUCCUGAUGUUCUUUUUGAAGUACACAACUAUAAUAUAACCACAGUAGAAAACUUUCAACAUUUUAUGGAUAGAAUAAGUAAUGGUGGGCUAGAAGAAGGAAAGCCCAUCGAUCUAGUUCUUAGCUGUGUGGACAAUUUUGAAGCUCGAAUGGCAAUAAAUACAGCUUGUAAUGAACUUGGGCAAACAUGGAUGGAAUCUGGGGUCAGUGAAAAUGCGGUUUCAGGGCAUAUCCAGCUCAUUAUUCCUGGAGAAUCUGCUUGUUUUGCGUGUGCGCCACCACUUGUGGUUGCUGCAAAUAUUGAUGAAAAGACUCUGAAACGAGAAGGUGUUUGUGCAGCCAGUCUUCCAACCACUAUGGGAGUUGUUGCAGGAAUCUUGGUACAAAAUGUGUUAAAGUUCCUGUUAAAUUUUGGGACUGUUAGUUUUUACCUUGGGUACAAUGCAAUGCAGGAUUUUUUUCCUACUAUGUCCAUGAAGCCAAAUCCCCAGUGUGAUGACAGAAACUGCAGGAAACAGCAAGAAGAAUAUAAGAAAAAGGUGGUGGCACUGCCUAAACAGGAGGCUGUUCAAGAGGAGGACAAGAUAAUACAUGAGGAUAAUGAGUGGGGUAUUGAGCUGGUAUCUGAGGUUUCAGAAGAAGAGCUGAAAAAUUCUUCAGGUCCAGUUCCUGAGUUACCUGAAGGAAUUACAGUGGCAUAUACAAUUCCAAAAAAGCAAGAAGACUCUGUACCUCAAGUUACAGUGGAAGAUUCUGGUGAAAGCUUGGAAGACCUCAUGGCCAAGAUGAAGAAUAUGUAGAUAAUGGAUUGGCAUAUAUUUUAUUUUCUUGUGUUUAAUCCCAUUAUUGAACUUUUAAAAAGUUCAAAACUAAUAAAAUUUAGGGCAACAUUACUUGA